GUCGGGGCUGUAAUAGCGCUCAGUCGUGCCACGAACGUUCGCUCGUUUGCUACACAAACAACAAACAUAUACCCAUACACGUAGAGCACGUUUGUGUACAUACACACAUCUACACACGCGUUGGAUUGUGUCUUCUCGCGGCUCUCGGCAGAGCGUCGCUUUUGCUCCCUCUUCGCGGAUUGGUCGCUGCUGCAACUGUUGCUGCUGCUGUCGCUGCUUCUCGCUCGCGCUGUGCUUUCAGGACAUCCCAGUCCUUUGUUUCGUUACUUUACCAACGGCGACGCUUCGCUGUGAUACAAGUGCCUCCCUGCGUCUUUCCUGCCUGUGAUACCACCUACGAUCAGAAAAAAUGCCGAGCCUGCGAAACGCGAUAGGACUGCAAGAGUUGACGGACAAAAGCUCCGGCAUAUGGCGAGCACUGGUGGCCGAGUUCCUCGGCACGGGCCUGCUCAACUUCUUCGGCUGCGGAUCGGCCAUCACGGGCAACAUCGUCGCCGUCAGUCUGUCCUUCGGCCUGACGGUGGCCGCCGUCAUACAAGCCAUCGGACACGUAUCCGGAGGUCACGUCAACCCGGCCGUCACCUUCGGCCUUUUGGCCAUCGGCAAGAUCUCGGUGAUUCGAGCGCUGCUCUACGUGCUGGUGCAAUGCGCCGGAGCUAUCGCCGGCUCGACCGUACUGCUCGCCCUUUCGCCCAGCGAACAGAGCCUCGGUGAGGUGCUGCUGAAAAACAACACUACGCCGGUCCAGGGCUUCGGAGUCGAGUUCUUCCUCGCCUUCAUUCUGGUCUUCGUAGUGUGCGGCGCUUGUGACCCCAACAAACCCGAAUCCAAGCCUCUUGCUCCGCUCAUCAUUGGACUCGCGGUCGCCAUUGGCCACAUCGUAGGCAUCCCACGCACCAACACGGGCAUGAAUCCGGCCAGAGCACUCGGCUCGGCGGUGGUCACGGCCAAAUACGACGACCACUGGCUGUACUGGGUCGGGCCGAUUCUCGGCGGUGUCGUCGCCUCGCUCAUCUACACCCACGUGACCGGACCAGCGAAGCCCAGCGACAGAUCUUACAACACCGUGCCGACCGACGAGAAGGAGCGGUUCGAGUACAUAGACAGCGGCCGGGGCGGCUUGUAAUAGUGUGCGUUAUAUACUGUAUAGAGAACUGUCUGAGUGAAGCGAAGCGCAAAAAUGUUAGAUCCAACUGUUCUAUACGUAAAUGCGUUGAUGAAAUUACGACAAAUAAAUAUCAUGCGUGAUGCCGAGUGCAAAGUAAAAAAGCAUAUAAACGUCAAGUCGUUGCGGCUUGAGGGCAUUAAUAACACAAAUAAAAAAAUAUAUAAAAAAGAAUAGUUCAUCAUCACCAUCAUCAACAACAAGUACAACAUCAUCACCCAUGUCCGUUAUGUUUUGCAGCUCCAGCAACUCACCAGCAGGAAGGGAGCUCAGCCCAUUUGAAACGAAUUCACGCAUCUUUUUAUAUAAGUAAUACUGCAGCUCGCUCAACUUAUUUGCUUUUUUUUUAAUUCGAUCCUUUAUUUUGAGAAAGUCAUGCCAGAACCAAGAAUGAGUUAAGAAAACGACGUGUAAUGAGAGGGCGAUUUUUGCGAAUGAGAAGAGAGCAAAAAAAAUACCGAGCGUGAGUGCAGUGAUCUCUCUCUUGUGCCCGAAAUUCUUGCACAAAAUAUAUAAUGAGUGUGAUUUUACCGAGAUGGAUAUAAGUACUUUUUAUGCUCUUGUGAAUAUUUGGAUGGAUAGUUUACUUUUUUUCGUUGUUGUUGUUCGAAAUUCAAUGAAUUGAAUUGUACGCGUACAUGUGUAAUUUGUGCCUGCAGAAAGCCAAAUCGGCGUAGCUGUAAAAGCACGUGAUUGCUGCGGUAAAAAAUCUUUUUACCCGAAUAACUUUUUUUUCUUCGCAACUGGUACAACGGAUGAGCAUUUUUCACAAAUUUCAAAUAACUUUGUAGGAAUCUUAAUUUUUUGAAUAAAAAAAAUUGUUAAACUACUUGCCGAGUUUUACGCUUAAUUUUGUCAUACAUGCUCAACUUCUUUUAUCUCAACGCAAAAAAAAUUAUGUAUCCAUCGUUAUAAGUUAAUGAACAAGUAUUAAUUUUAAUAGUAGAAUUUUAGUUUUUUUCACAAAUAAAUAUCAUAAACGAAUAAAGUGCGAUUUCAGAUUUUAUCUACUCGUUGAUGAUAUUACUUUAAAACUUACGUGACUUGAAGAGUUAGUAAAACUUUCUGCAAAAAUUAUAUCACAUAAUAAUUAAUUUAGUCUUAAAUAAUAUAGUAUGAGUUCUUAUUCUGCCUGUACACUGUACUAAAACCAUUGUAAUCGACUGUACCUGAAAAUGAAAAUGGUAUCCAAAAAUGUAGUAAUACUAAUAUUUUCUCUAUUUUAUGUAAAAAUUUCAAAUAAAAACAUUUUUCUAGGAAAAA